AGAAGGAAGGAAUGCAGUAACUAUACUGUACAGACGUAAUGAAACUGAUGACUGUUACACUUUAAAAAAGAGAUGGCAAAGAGGAUUAAAUGUGUAAAACAGAUCUUAAAACUAAUCUAGCGUCAGUUGUUCAAACUGAUAAAUCAUAUUUGUCCAAUGGAAGGUGGUGGUAGAAAGAGACAGUUUAUUGCUACUAAUACAACAUCAUAGACAAGUUAUUUGUUAAAAUAAACGAUGAAUGGCAAUUUAAAAAUCUUAAACAAUUAUUGAUCAAUAUAAUGAAAAAAGAAAAGACCACAAAGAAUUUCUUUUAGAAUACCAGAAUACCCAUUUAGCCUGUGUUUUAGCAGCUGCUAGCUGGUCAGACCAGGCUGGAUUUUGCAGAAGAGGAUUGUUACAGUUUUCAUGAUAUUACUUAUCACACCUAAAUAUGAAAACACUAACAACUGCAGCACAAACACUUCAAAAUGAAUGUGAUAUUCUUUAGUAGCCAGGUAGCACUGCACUUCUAGUUUCUGUGUUGAUACUCUCUGUGGACCUAAGCUAGCCUAGAAAUGCUGGAAAUAUGGAGGUCCUUUUCAUAAAGUAGAAUUUAUGAUUCAGUCAGUUAGCAUAGUGAAAGAUUAUAAAUUUAUAUUUGUUCUGCUCUGGAAAUAAAUGUAGAUAAAAAAACUCCACAACUCUAGCAGUAUUAAAAUAUAUAAUUUAAUCAGUAUUAAACCAGUACAACCACCACUGUCACAUAUUGCUUAUGCUACUCAAAUUUUGUGUUGUUCAUCUUUAGCAUCUCUAUUCAAUAUCAUCCACUAAUUAUUGGAUAUUUAGUAUUGAAUAAUGUUCUUAGCUACAGAAAAAGCCUUUAAUAAAAAUAUAGAUUAUAAAUUAAUAAUAAUAUCUUUCUCAAAUUAGUAUGUUAAUAUGUUUUAAAUCCCGGACCAUUUUCAUGUUCUUUUUUGAAUUUUUUUUAAUAAAGAUACCACUGUUCAGUUCUGUUUUGAUUAUGUAAUGAGCUAUUUACUGGGUGGCUAACAUAAAUAUAUAUUUUCUAAAAUGAUUGUGAGGUAGAGCGGAUGCUAUCAUUGUCUAUGGUAACAGUGGGACAUUAGUUUCUAAAUGAUUUUGCUACCUGUGUGGUUUUACUUUAUUUCUUUUUUUUAUUUGGUAGACCGUUUUAUCCAUCCUGAAUUAUCAUGGCAUCUGAAUUUGGAAUAAGUAAAGAAGAGGUGAAUGAGAUAAACAGCAUCCUGCACUCCAAUGUUGUCACUGAUGUUGUGGCACAAGUUGAAGAUAUGCUUACACAGAGAUCUGUGUCUCUGAACAUUGCUGUUACUGGAGAGUCAGGUGCAGGCAAAUCUUCGUUCAUCAAUGCUUUCCUUGGGGUUUCUGAUGAUGAACCUGAAGCAGCACAGACAGGUGUAACAGAAACCACUCAGAAGGCCUUAGCAUACUCACAUCCCACUGCUAGUAAUGUCUUGCUGUGGGACUUGCCAGGGACUGGUACUCCCUCUUUUCAUCCUAGAACCUACCUGGAGGAUGUUGGCCUCCUAAAAUAUGACUUUUUUAUCAUUGUCACAUCUGACAGGUUCCAGGAGUACCACUCUGCAUUGGCUAAAUAUAUAAUGCAAGCUCAAAAGAAGUUUUAUUUUAUCAGGAACAAAGUGGAUCGAGAUUUGAAGGCAAAUGCUAGGCGCAGGAGUCAAAGGGGUUUGUCUAAUGAUGAAGUCUUGAACCUCCUCCGUGUAGACUGUGAAAAGAAUCUGAGAAAUGAUCAGGUGGAACAACCACGGGUUUUCCUACUCUCUUGCUUUCACCCACAGUGCUUUGACUUUCCUGCACUCCAGAUGACCUUAAUAGAGGAGCUGGAGGGACACAAGCGGCAUGCCCUGCUCUUGUCACUACCCAACCUCAGUGCAUCUUUAAUACAAAGCAAACGACAGGCACUAGCUCAGGAUGUUUGGAAGAAAGCGAUCUUGGUGUCCUUGAGCAGUGUCAUGAGGGGUGCCACUCACAAUCCCAUCGUUCCAAAACUGAUGAAGACUUUAAAAUAUUAUCAGCAAACAUUUUGUCUAGAUGCAAAAUCUCUUCAUCGAUUGGCUAAUCUAACAGGAAUUUCAUUUGAGAAGCUUCAGAGUGAAGUAACCUCUACCUUUGGCAAAGGGCUGUCAGCACAGGCAGUGGAAGACUUGCUAUUUCAUCUAACUACACAACAUCAACUCUUGGCUAAUAAGUUGGAGAACCAAAUCCCAAUUCUGGGUUCUGUCAUUGCAGGUGGAAUUUCCUUUGUGGCUUCCUACUUCCUGCUGAAAUUUGCUUUAAAGGAUUUGAGUGAAGAUGGAGAAAGAGUGAUACAGAAAUCACUAUUUGACUCAUUUAAACAUUUUUCUCUAAAUGAUUCCAAUUAAGUUCUCUGAUUCUUGCUACAGUUUAAAUACAUGCAUGAAGACUCUGUUGGCUCAUACUGGAAUGCAAAAACAGAAGUACUGUACAUCCCUCAAAUAACCUAAUAAUCCCCCCCUUUGCUCUUGUAAAGGCCUGAGACACAUUCCAAUUCACAGCAACUUGCCAAUGCUGGCAGUUUUCUUUAAUUAGAUAACUUAUGCUGCAUUUUUUUAUUUGUAAUGAUGCUCAAUGUUGUGGACUGCUGGUCCUAGAUACCUAGUUCCUCAUUUUAUCAGCUAUAAGCAUAAUAAAAACUGUACGUUUUUUGACUGUAAUGAACUUCAGAUCAUUUUUACUCAUAAUAAAAAUUAUGUGGGGAUUUUUAAAAAAAUUAUGUAAGCAU